UCGAGUUCCCCAUCUCCAUCUCAUGUUUUUGGCAAGAGCUUAAACAAUGAAAAAAAGACCCACAUUUGACACUCCAAUAAAGUAUCAAAAUACUACCGUCCAACAAAAUCUUAUUAUCACACAGUGAUUGUAAUGUGUACUGGAGCUUACGUAAUGUGGUACUUCAAUGGCUCAUCCACUAGUGUACUAUUGACGGUUUCCGGAUUUCGCAAUAAAAUAUGACUCGUCAAAAACUCUAAUUAGAGUUAGCUGUUGUGAAUCGGCCAUUGUAACGUUUAAGAAGUGGUAGCGGAUUCAAAACAGAUGGCGACAACAAUGCUGGGAGCUGUACUCUUGGUUUUCGUGACUCAGCUGCAGAUCGGGGUUACGCAACCACUGGACAUCAAAAGUGAUGCUGAGCGAUAUAACCUUGAAAUCUAUAUACGCAAUUUGAAAUUUGAUUUGGAGCACCAAAUAAACGGACUGAAAGAAGAAUUCUCGGAGACCAUCACAAAACUGGAGACGAUGAUAAAAUGUAAAAGAGAGUGUUCAAAAGGUUGGAAAAGAUACGGACAAUCUUGUUACAUGAUAAAUAAGCAGAGUUUAAGUUGGAGUGACGCAGUUGAAAGUUGCCGCAAUCUGUCUGCAUACUUAGCUGAAAUUGACACGAAAGGAGAAAAUGAUUUUAUACAGAAGAUGUUGAAAGAAAAUAAUUAUUUUGACCAAGUCUGGUUGGGAGGUACAGACAAGACAAAUGAAACUACGUGGAUCUGGAUUUUUUCUGGGUCACCUCUACGCUUUAAAAACUGGAUGAAGGGUGAACCUAAUGACCAAUCCGGAAGGGAGGACUGUAUGGAAAUGUAUGUCAAGGAUGGCGGGUGGAAUGACAAUGGAUGUUCGAGUUCAUUUCUAUCCGUCUGUGAGAAAGAUUUGUGAAUAUAGAUAUUUUCCGCAACUAUAUAUGUAAUGUAUAUAUCUUAUAGUACUGACCUUUCCCUGUAUAAUGAUGAUAAAAUACUUAUGGACACAACUCUUCUUAACCACCCCUAAUGACAGUAAUGUACCGUGUAUCGCAUAAUUUUAGUGUCAGGAAUGUUUAGCGGAUUUUACUAAAAUAGAUCGUUGUACAAAUCUUAGAGCUUUAUUAUUGGUGGAAUUUCAUAUAACAAAAGUAUUAUUCACAGGUAUGGAAAUGUUGUGUUUGUUUUGUUGAUGUAACAAUUCAACUAGCGCUUAAUCAAAAUUUGAUUAACUACUGUUGCAGUCAAAGUCUUAUUUUUCUUUUUAUAUCAGUAAACUUGAUGUCGUAUAGCAUUCCUAUUUUGUCUCUUUGGUGUUUGUAUUCGGUAGUUUUAAACAUACACGUUUUUUAAUAAAUAUAUGAAGUUGUACAUAUUGUACACAGAGUGAAACGGGAA